UUCUGAAUUCUCUCUUUUGCAUUUGACAUUAAAAUGGCUAACCGUGGAGGUAAUCGUGCUCGUCAGGAAGAAGUGGAUAAUACCAUUAAUUACGUACAAUGUGACGGCUUGGCUGUGAUGAAAAUGGUUAAACAUUGCCAUGAAGAAUCGAGCAACAUGGAUUUGGCUCAAGGCGCACUGCUUGGUUUGGUCGUUGACAAGUGUUUGGAGAUUACUAAUUGCUUUCCCUUCCCCAAGAGCGGCGAUGAGACUAUGGACGAAGAAAUGUAUCAGUUAACGAUGAUGCGUCGUUUACGCCGUGUCAACGUUGACCAUUUCCAUGUUGGUUGGUACCAGAGUUCGGAUGUAGGAAAUUUCCUGUCAAUGGCUUUACUCGAAUCCCAAUACCACUACCAGACUAGCAUUGAAGAGUCGGUCGUUGUUAUCUACGACACACAAAAGUCUGGUCGUGGUUUUCUUUGCUUGAAAGCCUAUAGGCUUACUCCACAAGCCAUUCAAAUGUAUAAAGAUGGUGAUUUUACACCUGAAGCUCUACGCAACUUGAAGGUGGGCUACGAGAGCCUUUUUGUCGAGAUACCAAUCGUUAUUAAGAACUCUCCUCUGACCAAUAUAAUGAUGAGUGAGUUGAGUGAAAUGUUGCCUGAAGAACAAGGGCAAAAUUUCUUGGACUUAGGCACUGCCUCGGUAUUGGAAAACCAAAUGCGUUGCUUGAUCGAACGAGUUGAUGAACUGUACCAAGAAUCAAUACGUUACAACAAAUACCAGCAAGUAGUGUUCAAACAAGAGACGGAAAAACAUCGUGCUUUGGCCAAACAGGCUGCUGAAAAUAUUUUGCGCAGCGCCAAGGGUGAAUCGCCCAUUCCAGAAGAGGAGGUACUCAAACAGUUCCGUCCACUUCCUGUUCCACCUAGAUUAAACGCAACAAUCACAUCGGGGCAAAUCAACACUUAUUCACAACAUAUUUCGCAAUUCUGUUCGCAAUCAUUGGCAAAACUUUUUAUCACUCAAUCUUUACAAAACGCCAAAGAGACCAAAGAGUCCAAAUAAAUAAAGGAUUAUUUGGAAAUUUCGGAAAGCAACAUUGGCAUAUGUUUAAGAAACGCGUGAUUUGAAAUUAAUUGUUAUAGUAGAAGAAAAAGGUAAACUGAAUUGCCAUCAUAUGCAAAAUCUGGGAGAAUAUACUUUGAUCACAGAACAAAGGCGAAAA